AUCUUGACACCCUCCGUGUCUCCUGGUGCAGCCAGGAGGGGAUUUUGUGGGGGCUCGGCUACUAUGAAGGACCUGAGAACAGAAGAACACCAGGUGGUGGUGGCUCUCCGUAUUCGCCCCAUCAACGAGGCCGAAUUGGAGGAAGGUGCGACGGUCAGUGGCCACAGAGUGGGGGAGCAGAUCGUGGUCUUGAUGGACCCAACGGAAGAUCCAGAGGAUAUUUUGCGUGCCAAUCGGUCGAGGGAGAAAACAUUCAUUUUUGACAUGGUUUUUGGCCCUCAAGCAACACAGGAGCAGGUGUAUUUGUCCACUACUAAAAACCUAAUCGAAGGGAUCAUCUCAGGAUACAACGCUACCAUUUUGGCAUAUGGACCCACAGGAGCUGGGAAAACCUACACUAUGCUGGGGACAGAUUCAGAACCUGGAAUAUACAUCCGUACCCUCCACGAUCUCUUUCAAGCCAUUGAGGCCACAAAAGAUGGCCAAAAUUAUUUGGUCUGCAUGUCGUACCUGGAGGUUUAUAAUGAAAUUAUCCGCGAUCUCCUGAAUCCAUCCACGGGCAAUCUGGAGCUGAGAGAAGAUUCCAAAGGGUGCAUCCAGAUUGCAGGAAUAAUGGAAGUUUCCACGACAAAUGCCCAGGAAAUCAUGCAGUUGUUGACCAAAGGGAACAAGGAACGUACUCAGGAGCCCACAGCUGCCAACAAGACCUCCUCACGGUCACAUGCUGUCCUGCAAGUGUCCGUGAAGCAGAUCAACCGAGUGAAAGGCAUUGGUGAGGAAGUGUGUGUCGGAAGGCUCUUCAUGGUUGACCUGGCGGGAUCAGAAAGGGCUGUUCAGACCCAAAAUCAGGGCAAAAGGAGGAAGGAGGGGGCCCACAUCAACCGGUCCCUCCUUGCUCUGGGGAACUGCAUCAAUGCCCUGAGCGAAAAGGGGAGCAGCCGGACUCAAUACAUCAAUUUCCGAGACAGCAAACUGACCCGUUUGUUGAAGGAUUCCUUAGGAGGCAACAGCCGGACAGUUAUGAUCGCCCACAUCAGCCCAGCCAGCAGCUGCUUUGAAGAAUCUCGGACAACGUUGAUGUACGCCUAUCGAGCCAAGAACAUCAAAACGAGGGUGAAGCGUAAUCUUCUCAACGUCUCUUACCACAUCGCUCAGUACACCAGCAUCAUUUCGAACCUCCGGAGUGAGAUUGAAUGCUUAAAGGCCAAGGUUGAAAACCAGGAGAAGGAGAAACACCUCUUGAGCUCUGGGGCCAAAGAUGGACAAGUUCAAGGUGAGAGUGUAGACAGGUCUCACUUCUUGUCAUCCUCAGGGGAGACUCCUGUGGACUUGGAGGAGGAUGGUCAUCAACAGUUGCAGAAAUUACAGAAACAACUGGUGGGGGCCUUCAAGGAACAGAUGGACAUGCGACGUAGCUUGAUGGAGCUGGAGAAUACCAACAUGGAACUCCACGUAGAUACCUCCAGGCAUCUUCUCAUGAUUGCAGACUGGGAACGUGAGAGAGUUCAUCAAGGUGGACAAAGUGCCAACACACAGCAUCCAAGUGAAAAGGAAGACGAGGAGGCUGACCAGGAAGAUUUCCUGGAACCUGUAGAGAUCACAAUUGCCAGGGAAGAGAUCAACACACUGGUGGCAGAGCAGCGGAAAACAGCUGCCUUAAAGGCUGAUUUGGAGUUGAGGUUGGCAAAUGCCAAGAAGAAAGUUUGCCAAAUGGAGAAGUUGCUCCCGGAACAAACCACCAGCAAGGACCAACAGGAAGUUCUGAGUCUCUUGUGCAAGACCCAUGAGCUGGAAGUGGGAAAGACAGAACUUCAAGCCAACGCUUUGUACAAGGACAACAUCCUCUGCCAGAAGGAUUUCAUCAUCCAGCGCCACCAGCAAUACCGGUAUCUCUGUGAAGAGCUCAUUCAACAGCAGUGGUCCCUGAUCAAAGACCACAAUAUUCCAGUCCCGGGACCUCUUGAAAAAUUGUACUGCCUAUAUUUCCAUGAAUUAGAGGAAGGGACUCUGGAUCGUCUGAUGGUGCUUCACUCAUUGAUGUCCAAUGCAUGGCAGUUCCAUUCUGGACAGAUUCUGAGACAAGACCGCAACAGAGAGGAGAAUCUAGAAGGAUUCAUCGAUCACAAGAAAGCUUUCCUUUCAGGGCCCAAAUUUGAACUUCCCCCAAUUGUUGUGGAUUCCGACAGUGACAGUUACCGGUCAUCCUCUAAAAACACCCCAGCAAAAAGGAAGGUGACUCGUGAAUGGAACCCCACUCCUACACCGUUUCAUCUGUUAACAUCUGUCCACCAGAAGAAGACUUCGGGCCUCCCUUCACAAAAGGUCGCUUCCAAGCUACGUUCUCCAUCUUCCCAAGAUUCCAGUCGGAAAAAUUCCAGGGCAGAUGCCCUCAAUGGUCUCUUGACUUGGAAAACGUUGAAGGAGAUGGUUGAGAGCACCAAGCAGAUAGCUUUGAUUGCCUCCCGCCGUCGAUCCCAAGUCCAGGAAAAAGACCUUGGCAGGCAGAUCUCCUCUGCACACUAUUUUGGGGAGGAGAAGAUGGGGUCUCAGCAGCCCAGUUUCACUCCAGAACAUCGUUCCAAAGGCACCAGCACCAUCAAUGGCCUUGGAGGAAUGUUCCAGAGGAAAGUUUGGACACACCACCAGGCUCAGAAUGAAGGAGACAAAGAGCCAUCUUGGGAAAGGAAAACAGAGAAGAAAGGACCUCUCGAACCUACCUCCUCUAAGAUUUUGCAAAUGAAACACUGGUCUCCCUCCAGUCAGGACAGCAAUGGCCCAGGAAACCAGAUGCCACCAGCCAAAACCUCAGAUGGUUCUACAGGAAAUCUUUUCCAUAUCUCUCCAGUUCCCACAAAACUCAAGUUUCCCGUUGGACAUCAAACAGAAGAAAACCCACCACAGGUCCUGACUGUAAACCACACGGGACCUAGUAAAAUCCAGCGGAGUAAUCCCAACCAACCCCGAGGCCAAGUUCUCCAGAAACAAGUCAAAGGGCCUGUUGAAAGCACUGGUGGAUAUCAGAAACAGCAGCCCGUUACUCACUCGAAGAAGCCAGGAAUGCCGAAAUAAUAACCGCGACUGGGAGGGAAGCUGCGGUUAUCAGUCCAGCCCAGAAGGAUCUUCUCUCACCAAGAUGCUGAGAUACAGGAGGAGAGAAGUUGGUGGAUUGUGUGAAUGGAAGGAGCAGAGUGUGAUGACCCAAAGGGACGUGGCGAAAUGGCAACACAG